AUGAAGCGAUUGCUCUUCAUCGCUCCAAGGAACCGAGUUGUACUAGGGUUUUGGAGAGAUCGUAGGCUGAUCUCACAUUGCAAAGAUCGGUUGAAAGAACGCAUGACCGAGAGAAAUUCGCCAAUCAAACAAAUGUAUCUGGAUAAGAUUGUUCAGCUGAGCCUAGAAAAACAGACAUUGGAGACGUUCCGAAGAGUUGCGAGUAUUCAGUUGAAGUUGUUUCCAGAAGGUCCCGCUAAUAUGCAGCCUCGUCUCUGCGAGUAUACUGGAAUGCUGUUUUGUUCUAACUGUCACUGGGGCGAUACAUGGUCAAUACCGGCGAGAAUAAUUCACAAUAUGGACGCGAGACCAAGGCCAGUGUGUCGUGCCGCUAAGCAACUACUGGCAAUUGUAGAUAAUCGACCGCUGAUCGACUUGUCUGAAGCGCAUUCAUCCCUCACUAAGUACCAUAAGGAGCUGCGACGGGUACAGCAGUUGCGACGGAACUUUUUGCUGAUGAAAUGCUAUUUUGUUAGCUGCCGAGUGAGUUACCUCUGUUGA